AUGGCCAGGUGCCUGUCUUGCGUGGAGAGCCCAUACCGCUGCCACUGGUGUAAAUACCGGCACGUCUGCACCCAUGACCCUAAGACCUGCUCCUUCCAGGAAGGCCGAGUGAAGCUACCUGAGGACUGCCCCCAGCUGCUGCGAGUGGACAAGAUCCUGGUGCCCGUGGAGGUGAUCAAGCCCAUCACUCUGAAGGCCAAGAACCUGCCGCAGCCGCAGUCCGGGCAGCGCGGGUACGAAUGCAUCCUCAACAUCCAGGGCAGCGAGCAGAGGGUGCCCGCCUUGCGCUUCAACAGCUCCAGCGUGCAGUGCCAGAACACCUCUUAUUCUUAUGAAGGGAUGGAGAUCAACAACCUGCCCGUGGAGCUGACAGUCGUGUGGAACGGGCACUUCAACAUUGACAACCCAGCUCAGAAUAAAGUUCACCUCUAUAAGUGUGGAGCCAUGCGUGAGAGCUGCGGGCUGUGCCUCAAGGCAGACCCAGAUUUCGAGUGCGGCUGGUGUCAGGGCCAGGGCCAGUGCACCCUGCGGCAGCACUGCCCCAUCCACGAGAGCCAGUGGCUGGAGCUGUCGGGCGCAAACAGCAAGUGCACGAAUCCCCGCAUCACCGAGAUAAUCCCAGUGACAGGCCCCCGGGAAGGGGGUACCAAGGUCACCAUCCGAGGGGAGAACCUGGGCCUGGAAUUCCGGGACAUCGCCUCCCAUGUCAAGGUGGCCGGCGUGGAGUGCAGCCCUCUGGUGGAUGGCUACAUCCCUGCAGAACAGUAA